CGACCGAUUGCACGACGAUGUCGCUGCCCCGCGCGAACUACGACCCCCGCCGCGUCUGCCUCAACCCGUUCCCGAACUUCACGCUCCCGUUCACUAAACACAGGCGCACCAUCGGCGUUUAUCUCGCAGGCGGCCUCUUCGCGCUCGCCAUCUGGACAUUCCUCGACGCCGCCGUGCUCUCUGCGCACGCGCGCCCACCCGCCGGCGAGCCGGACCGCCCCGCGCCCGUGCACGUUACCUUCGUGGACUGGGUGCCGGGGCUGUGCUCGCUGCUGGGGAUGCUCGUGAUCAACGUGAUCGACAAGGACCGCGUGCGCGGGGAGGACGUCGGGUAUGGGGACGCGGGCGCGGUGUGGCGCGCGAGGGCGGUGUUGUUCGUGGGGUUCGCGCUGAUGGCGGGCGGGUUGGCGGGGAGCGUGACGGUGCUGGUGCUCAAGUACGUGCUGCACGCGUACCCCGAGGAGUUCCUGUACUACGGCUACGCGAACGUGUCGCAGAACGUCGCGUUCAUGCUCUCGGCCAUCGUCCUCUGGAUCGCGCAAAGCGCGCCGAGCGAGUACGAGUACAGCCUCUCGAUCUGAGCGAGCGCUGUGGCGUCGGCGGAGGCAGCGUGUGUCUGUGUAUGUAUGUAUGUGCGCCGUGCAAAGUGCUACAUAUGUCGAUUGUGCGUAUGUACGGCCUGUAUCCCUCUCUCUGUCUCUGUCCCCCUCUCUGCUUCUGUUUCCGUGCUCCGUGCUCCGUGCGCCGUGUCGCCGUUGCUCGCGUCUCGUCUCGUCUCGGCUCGUUUCGUCUCCGGUGGUGGUAGGAUAGCGGUAACGGGUAGCUAAUCGGGGCGGUGUUAGUGUAUUGAACUGUGGACGCCGUUUAUCUUAAUCUUCUUUUUUGCUGCG